AUGCCCUCCCGCCGUGGACAACCCCCCCUCUCUGUUCGCUUGCCGACAGGCACCGCGCAGCAGCCCGAACUUCCUCCCAUAUCCGCCCUUUUCCUCAUAGAUUUUGAUGUCAAAGCUGGAUAUACCAUUGUGUGGAAACAGGCCAGCCCUGGCAUCGAGCUUGAGGGACUCGUCGAGUACAAAAGUCUACCUUCGGGCCUACAUACUGUUCCUGACGACUUGAUAUACUUCGUUCACGAUGGCGCACACGCCGGGCUCAGCGCCUUCGUCAACACCCCUUGCGAUGAGGAAGAGGCGCGUCAUGCGCGCAUGAUUGCCGUAGGAGUUUUGGUACCUUUAAGCUACGGCCGGCUGGGCCGGGCAUGGAGGCACGCGGAGGGCUUGAAGAACAUAGCAGCAAAACUCGCCGAAGAUCGCAAGAACACCGCUCUUCUCGACGAGUACUGGAACAACAACAAAGCAAAAGAAGGAGAAGAUGAACAGGAACGACCUGCUCUAGAAUCCCCUUCAGUCAGUUUCAGUGCGCAGGCUUCGCUGCCAAAGAAGGGCAAUCACAACAGAAAUCGCUCAGCAUCGGAUGGACAUGCACUGUUGCCGCCCGGUCAUCGGCUUUCCCCCUACCAUCCCGCCUGGAGUUUGACGGAUCUUUUGGAUACCUUUGGGCCUCUCAUUUUCCCUAUCCACAGGGCGGCCUUACUUCGGAAACGUAUUUUGAUUUCCUGUCACGCGCCGGUGCGUGAAAUUUGUAACUUUGUGUACAACAUUUCGGUUCUUUCAAACAUUCCUCAAACAGUCGCGGAGCUACUAGCACCUUCGUCGUCAUCGCAGCGUCUUAGACCGCUCUUCACAAUCGGUGUGCACGAUAUUCCAUUCCUCCUGGAGGACUAUGAAGCUUCAAAACGUAAAAAGACAGACAGCGAUGGCAUUGUGGGGGAUGAGUCCGGCAGCGGGUGGAUCGCCUGUACAACGGACAGCAUCUUAGCCAUGAAGGACACUCUUUGGGAUAUGCUGAUCACUAUGCCCCCGCCGUAUGCACCCAAUGCCAAGGAGAAGGCAUGGCCGACCGUCGAGUGUCCCCGCGGUACGCCUGUAAAGGCGACGCAGCGAGACCUGCGACGUUUCCGUGCAUUGAAGAGCGGGCUUGCUAGGCUGACGGCCACGACGCCAAGGCCUAGGACAGCCGAGAGCCCGCGGUCCGAGACAUCGACGAGCUUCAAGCUCACCACCGGCGCUUUCCCAGCCUCAAGCCUCGAGUCUGACGAGGCUCUAGACAAGAUUGUUGAGCCUCUGAGCUGGACAGCACUGGCAUAUAGUGGUUUCAUGUGGUGGGCAAGUGCUGGAGAGCAAGCCCGAAGCGAGGAGCAAGAGGAGGCGGCGCAUGAUGCUGCUUUGCUGGCGGACCUGGGCCUAGCGCCCCACACCCCGAGUAUGACAAUGCCCACCCCGAAACCCCGGUCGGGAUCCGGCGGUAUAAGAGAUUCAAUUAGCUCCGUUGCAUCCCGACAGCCUGUCGGACCUGAUGAUGACGAGGCCAGGACAGAACUUGCCGUCAUCGCCUACUUCCACCGUUUGACAGCGCAGAUGCUCACUGUCAUGGCGGAUCUCGUGGAGAGUUCAGACGACCACUAUGAAGACGAUGAUGAAGAUGAUCAAGAAGCUGAGGACACUCCCCUAAGACCCGACAGCGAGUCGGAUCUGCGUUCAGUACGCGUCGACAGCCAUGCUCUUGAGAGUAUGGGUCUUGAUGUGUGGAACGCGCACGAUGCCGAGUUUGUCAGGGAACUCAUGGCUAAGUACUAUGACCGCAAGCCCUACAUCGAGGGCAAAGGUGUUGAGGUGUGCGGAGUGCGCGUUUGUUAA